AGCGGACGCUGUUGUGCUGGAUCUCCUCUGAGGCACUUUGCUAGAACUACACGUAAAUACGCAAUAUGGGCCAACUUCGGUGGUGAUUGAAAUCAAUGCAUAUUUUUGCGGCCGCUCAGGUCUCGUACACGGAACUACUGUUGACUCAAGCUCCAUGGCAACCACUCGGCAGUCAAGCACGCCAACCCCUCUCACCAGCAUGAUGGUUCAUCCGGACCUUCUCAUUGAUGGCCAGGGCACCGAGACGCCAUGGUCUCAGUCGGAUGAGCAUGCGCUCAGCAGACAAGCGACUGUGACAGCGCUGAACUCGUCGAGUCGGAGUCUCAUACCACGCUUUGUCGGACCGUCGAGCGGUACGCCCGAGCGUACGAGAACACCUGAAUCCCGGCCCUCCCCAAAUGUUGCAAUCAGCGCCCAGGAUCUAGCACUGCAUCCGAUGUUGACCAUCGUUCUCACACCGCAUCAACCAGUUGCCGCUGGAUCAUCGGUCGCUCAGGCUCCAACUCGAAGGGUGUUGACGGAUGGAAUCACACUCAAACUUGGGAGACGGGUCCGGAAUCGCGAUCAGCAGACCGCGAACGCGCAGAGCACCAUUAGCGCUGGAACAUCCUCUGCCGCAAAUGUGGCAUCAGGGGUCAGCUUUCCGUUCACAAGCAAGCCAGCGAUGACAGCCGCUGGGGUUCCGUUGAACAACCCGGCGAGCAGAAAGGGGUCGGAUUGCGUAUUCUUCAACUCCAAAGUCGUCUCUCGUUGCCAUGCGGAACUGUGGACACGGGAUGGAGAGGUCUACCUGAAAGACACGGCCAGCAGCAGUGGAACAUUCCUAAAUCGGUUACGGCUGAGCCCCAGCGGGAAAGAAAGUCGUCCAUAUCUUGUGAGAAGUGGAGAUCUUAUCCAAUUGGGGAUAGACUAUGUGGGGACUCCGCAGAAGGAGGAUGUUGUGAGAGAGACAUAUAAAGCACCGAUGCUCCAAAUCAAAAUCGUUCAGGACACAUCACGCCCACCAACCAAGAGCAAACCCCUCCUGAGGCAUCUGUUCCAAGAAGCCUUGGGGGCAUUACUCACACUCGCCAAUCCGUACUCAUCGAAUCGAAAUGCAAAGUGCGCUUGUGUGCGGUCAAAUCCACAACAUCCAGCCCCUGACCCACCUCAGUGCGUGAUCUGCCUUUCGGGGAUGGGCCCAUAUCAAGCGCUGUUCUUGGCCCCAUGCUCGCACGCAUAUCAUUUCAAGUGCGUCAAAUCGAUACUAUACCAAGGCCACAUGUUUUCCUGUCCGCUUUGUCGGCAGGCGGCGAAUCUGGACGCCAGCGUGAGCAUGGAUAGCUUGUGCGAUCUCGCCAACGGGAUAGACAGCGAGGAUAAUGAGGGGGAAAAGCCUUCCCUUGACAUUGCUCUCGCUCACGACGACAUCAUGGAUUAUUCCUCCUCGCCAACCGUUCAAGACAUUCACGACACCUCAGGCGCCCGAGAGGCCCUCGAGGGAUUAAGCCUUGAAUCCUCCGCGAAGCCACAGAUCCAUACUCUUUCGAGAUCUCAGAGUACGAGUUGAGAAUAAGAUCAUUGUUGGCUAGACAUACUGUAAUGCAACUGGGCUAUAUAAUGCUGCCAUAAUGUGCGUGCGUAGGAGCAGAGAGAGAGAUGCACAGUAUUCCUCGAGUGAUCUCAGAAUGAGACAGUAAUGGAAUGCCCCUUAUUUUAAGUUUUGCUAGGGGGGUCUGUCAAGUACUGUGGGAUGUAGGAACGACGGCGGGGUGUUCUGGCCGCUAAUUCGCCAUGACACACUUAUGACCGACUUGCACUUGCGCUAUUGAUUGGACGUAGGGGCGGCGAGCUUUUCGUGGCUUGGAGCAACCUGAAG